AUGUGCAUUGUCUGCAAACGGACAGACAUCAAUGCCGACGCCAUCAUAGGUGUUCUCUUUACUUUUUGUCGUCACCGUCAACACCGCUGGCGUCCAUCGAUUGCUUUCUUUUUUAACAUUGAUAUUGUUUUUGUUACCCCUUCUCCAUCACCAGUUGCUGUACUUUGGUUUUCACUUUCAAUCCAGUUAGCGCUCUUUUCAUCAAGCCCUCCUGCAACCUGUCUAUCUGUUGUCUCGAAGACUCACCUUUUUAUUCCAGCUUGUUACCUUUUCACAUUCUUUCUUUCUUUCCUUCUUUCUUUCCUUCUAUAUUUCCUUCUUUCCUUCUUUCUUUCCUUCUUUCUUUAUUUCCUUCUUUCUUUCCUUCUUUCUUUCUUUCCAUCUUUCUUUCUUUCUGUCCAUCUUUCUUUCUUUCCUUCUAUCUUUCUUUCUUUUUUUCUUUCUUUCUUACCAAAUUCUCUUUGUUAUUCUUACCAUUAUUUUCUAUGUUAUUUUAACUCUCACUGGUUCCCUCCUUUUUCACUAAGGUAUUUUAUCCAAAUAUUCUCAUACUCCUUAUUUCUCUUUUGUUUCCCUACGGCGCUUCUCAACGCCAUUCUUUCCUUUCUCCUUUCUGUCUCAUUCCCUUCAUCUUUCUGUUGCACUUUCAUCCUUUCUCUUAUUUUUCUCUCUUACUUUCCUUACAUUUCUCUUCUUUUCAAUCCCGCUUCUUUUUAA